AUGGCGGUCAGAAAAACUUGUUUUCGACUGAUAGCCUGUGGCAUACUUAUCGCGCUUGGUGUGACCUUUCUAAUUACCCAGAAGACCCGUCAGCCUUUAUAUCAAUUUCCUGUCAACAAAGCUUGGAUAAAUACCACCGUUUUUCAGAACUACAGAACAAAUGAGGGCCCGGGAGAAAAUUUCAAUACAUCGGAAGUUGAACGGAUAAGAAAGUGGGUUAUGACGUACUUCAACCCCGACACAGACCUCACCAUAAAGAAGUCUCAAGUCAGUCUUGGAAAAUCAUUCUUCAAGUACGAAAAAAAGCCUAAAAAGAAGGUCAAAAUCGGGCAAUAUUACUAUCAGCUACUUCCCGAAUCGUCGCCUUUUCUGGGCAAGCACUUUCGGUCUUGUGCAGUCGUGGGGAAUUCUGGGAUUCUCCUGGACAGCCACUGUGGUCCUCAGAUCGACUCUGCGGACUUCGUGUUUAGGUCGAACCUUCCUGAUCUUGAGGGGUUCGAGAGUGACGUGGGGACAAAAUCUAAUUUCACCACCAUGAAUCAACCAGUUCUUCCACACGAAUAUAACGGAUACCUUACAAAUACCACAAUACAAGAGAAGUUUGUGGAACGACUGCGUCUCAUUCACGACCAGAUUCUCCACAUCCCUGCCAUGGUAACGUCGAACGGACUCGUAGAAACGCAGUUUAUUACCUUAAUGAUAGUGAAACAUCAGUUGCCACUGAAAGUUACGUUUGCACCAACUAAUGUAUAUCAAAAGCUGACUAAGUUGUGGAAUGAUUCAGAAUUCAAGCCGAAUCGGCCAUCGACAGGAAACUUGUUGUUCGCGCUGGCGGCCUGUCUGUGUGACCAGAUCCACUUGUACGGAUACUACCCAUUUUCAGAAGACGGAAAGGGGCGAAAGAUAAAAUACCACUACUACGGUAACAUAGGAAGCCUUAAGAAGCACAAAUUGCCUGAAGAGUAUCGGGCGUUUCUGACGUUUCACCAGCGGAAGGGACUGGUACUGCACACAGAGCCUUGUGAUGACAGCAGACUCUAGAUCUAUAGAAUAACAAAUGCAUCCAUGUUUGAUUUGUUGCGUGAUAGGAAUAUGACCACUUUAGUCUUGCCUCAGUCCUUCAGCCGCCAACCCAGCCAUCUGCAUCCACCGACAACAACGCGCCACGUCUUUUAAAUAUCGCGAUGGGACCAUACAAAAACGUCUCUUAUGCUAUACAUAAGGAUAUAUAUUAAAGACUGUAUGGAUAUUAGAAACUCCUCCAACGAUUGUGUAAGUUGAUACCUAUCUCAUACU